AUGACUGUUCUUUUAUUUGCAGCUAUUCACAUCUGUUCCCGCAUCUUCGUCCUCUUUGCUCUCUCUUGCUACUUGUACGUGUAUUUCUUCUCCGUAUUGUGGUUCCUCUUCGUCCGGACACCCCAAACCAAAGACUGGACCACUGGUAUGGUUGAGUUGUCCCUCGCUGGCUGUAGCCAGGUCUCAGUAAUCAAAAUUGUGUACGCCAUUCUCUUCGCAAAAAGAAUUCAAACUCUGGUGGACAGCUACUUACAAUUUGACGCUAUAAAGUCACCUGGAGAAAGCUUUGCUAUUAACCUGAGAGUCAAUUUAAGGAAGAUAAAGAAACGUGUCAUAUUCGUAUGGUCAGCGUUGAUUAUUAACGGCAUAGCUUACAUAUCAAUACCCUUGAUGAUACCCGGACGGCAUUUCCCAGAAGACUUAUUUGUAGUUUACGGUUUGGAACCAAUGUUCGAGUCCCCAAAUUUCGAGAUCGCUAAUUUCAUGAUGAACAUAAGCGUAGUAUUUACCGUAUUCUCCUUAGCUAACGUAACAUCACUUAUACUUAUCCUUGUUGGUUAUACUGAAGCUCAUAUGCUAACUCUUGGUGAAGAAAUGUUAAAUCUAUGGGACAAAGCUAACCAAUGCACAGAUGCAAAAACCUCAAUCGAAGACGUUCAUAUAGAAGAUAUGAAAAAUAUGUUUGUGAAGACACAGCUGGCACAUAUAGUCCAUUUACACGUUGUGAAUAUACAAAAUAUAAAAAAUUUAGAGUAUACAUUUCGAUUGUCGAAAGCGUUGGAAUUUUUGAUAGGAAUGUACUCAAUAAUAACGGAACUGCUUGGAGGCAUUGAAAACACAUACGUACAGAUGCCGUUUACAUUUGCGUUAAUUUAUAUAGACUGUGUUGGCGGACAGAGGUUGAUAGAUGCUUGUGAGGUUUUUGAAGAAGCUGUCUAUAGCUGCAAUUGGGAGAAUUUUAACGUUGAAAACAUGAAGACUGUGAGCAUAAUACUGCAGAAUUCUCAAAAGACGUUGACCUUAACGGCUGGUGGUAUAGCGGUCCUGGAUUAUGCUUGUAUGGUAGCAUUUGUUAAGAUGUGUUACUCAAUGUAUACUACUUUAAGGAUGGUUGUAAAUUAA